AUGGCCGAGUUACGCCGUCGAACCGCAACUCCCUGUUUAUCCACUUCAUUACCUCAUCCUUCACCUGGUCAAUCCCGACCGCAGAGUAGGACAUGGCGUAGAUCACGUCUUAUGAUCCUCACAUUCUUAUCCUUAGGUGUAUACGGGACAUAUUUAUACGCAUCCACAUGGUAUGACCAGUCUUCCUUUUCAUCUCCAAGUGAUAACUCAAGAGGGGAUUUCAAGAAGAUCCGUCAGGAUGACCUAGACAUCAAUAUUCCUUCUGGAUAUGCAAUUGGACAUGGCGAUUUCGGGGAUGGAAGAAGUAGGAUAUGUAAGAAAGAGUUUCUGAAGCCUCCUAGUGAAGGAUGCGAAUGGGUCAAUGUCAAUCUGGGGAAUGGAGGAUCUGAGCCAAAUUUGAGUGGUGGUAUGAUACCUGCCGUAGCUCCUCCAUUUGGUAUGACAAGGUGGACACCGCAAACAAGGGAGAAUUACGUCUCAAUGUGUCCUUAUAAUCAAACAGAUACAGGAAUUCACGGGUUUAUCGGAACACAUCAACCUGCCAUAUGGAUGGGUGAAUCUGGUCCGACAGAGAUGCACGCUAGUUUAGGUGAAAUCAUAACUGAUUUUUCUGAACGUGGAUUAUCGUUCGAUAAAAAAGAUGAAUAUGCAAGUACCAAUUAUUAUAGCAACGUUCUUGACGCAGGAAGUAAUAAAGGUACUAUCGAAAUUGAGAUCAACGUAGCAUCUCGAGUUGGACAUAUGCGUUAUACGUUCCACCCUUCAACGGAAUCUGUCAAACCCCAUAUAGUCGUUCAAGCAAGUAGGAAAACAUGGUUGUUGCAUGGUGAUCAACCUGAAGAUAAAGUACCGUACUAUCCACAAGGUUAUAUAGAGAUUGAUGAAGAUAAGCAGGAAGUUUGGGGCUGGAACGAUGAAAGGCAGGACCAUAUUCUUGUUGGCGACGAACUUCCAGCCAAGCAUUUCAAAGCAUAUUUCGUAGCUCGUUUCUCCAACUCGUUCCAAUCAAGUGGUAUCUCUCGAUCAGGAAAACUUGAACAUGAAGUUUCAAAUGGACAAGGUGAAGUCUUAGCUGGAUACGUACAGUUUGCUCAUUCAACUAAAGAGGUUGAGGUCAGAGUAGGGGUCAGUUUCAUUAGUGUUGACCAAGCUAGAAGAAACAUUGAUCUUGAAAUACCCGAUGGGCAAACCCUGUCUCAAACAUCGUAUCAAACACGUUCACUUUGGGCAGAAAAACUGGAUCUUCUCUCGGUAGAAGGAGCUACACCAUCCAACAAGACGGUCCUAUACACCUCAUUCGCUCAUACUUUAGUGUAUCCUUAUGAGAUAUCCGAGAACACACCUUCGGGUCCGAAAUACUAUUCGGGAUAUUCCGAUAAGAUAGUUGAUGGAAUCAGUUAUUCAGGAUACUCAAUAUGGGAUACAUUUCGAGCACAAUCAGCUUGGUUGAUCUUGGUGGCUCCUGAGAGAGUAGGGGAAAUGAUUCAGUCUAUGAUUCAAGAUUACAAAGAAGGUGGCUGGUUACCCAUGUGGAAAAAUAUAGUGGAGACAAACAUUAUGGUUGGGACUCAUGCUGAUAGUAUGAUUGCGCAAGCUAUGAAGAUCGGUGUGAAAGGAUUUGACUAUAACGAAGCUUGGGGCGCAGUUCGUAAAAAUGCAUUCACACCACCAGAAAGGGAUACAGAACUAAGAUUCGGAGAUAGAGAAGAAGGUACACCUCAGGAAGUCCGUGCUGGUCUUACUGAAUAUGCGAAGAUCGGUUUUGUGGCAGAUGACUUGCAUUCAGAAUCUGGAAGUAGAACUUUGGAUUAUGCUUACGAUGAUCAUGCUGCUUCCAUCGUUGCAUCCUUGGUGGGAGCGAAAGAAGAGGCAACCUUCCUACGUCAAAGGGCGCAGAAUUACAAGUACGUAUCCAACAAGGAUACUGGACACAUGGAGGCGAGGAAUAGCGAUGGAGCUUGGGCCGGAUCGGAGAAAGGUUGGACGGAAGGUGAUCACUGGGCUUACACAUUGGACGUCAUGCACGACGUAUCUGGCCUCAUUGAGUUACUGGGUGGCAAAGACAAUUUCACGAAUUUCCUGGAUAGACAUUUUGAGGGCGGUCACAACCUACACACAAAUGAACCUUCACAUCAUAUACCAUAUAUGUACAUCUUAUCUUCGGCACCUCAUAAAACGCAAGAAUGGGUGAGAAGAAUAGGCGAAUCAGAUUACAAUCAUACAGCGGAUGGAUUAUCCGGGAAUGAGGAUUGUGGUCAGAUGAGUGCAUGGUAUUUGUUCAGCGCUAUGGGAAUAUAUCCUGUGGAUCCUGCAAACGCGACAUAUGUCCUGGGCGCGCCAUUUUUCGACCAUUUGAUAUUACGAUUACUCAACUCAGGCAACAAAAUUGUAGUAUCAGCGAAAGGUGCCAGCUCAGAUCUCAAGUAUGUCAAGAGUCUCAAAAUAGAUAACAAGCAGUGGAAUGAGGUGAUUGUCGAUCAUGAUAUCCUCAGUAAAGGUGGUAAGUGGGAAUGGGAGAUGAAAGGUGAUCAUCAAGUGUGGGGUAUGUGA